AGUUCGUGCCUGUGUGGAAGCAGACGGUGACGGACGAAAGAGGGCGCAGGAGGCUGCACGGCGCAUUCACUGGAGGCUUCAGUGCAGGUUGGAUCUAAAGAAGGAUGGACACCCAAGACAUUCGUUUCCUCGCGGUCGAAUCGCAAUAAAGACCAAGCUGCUGCGCCAGCACAGCGCGCCGAAGACUUCAUGGAUGAGGAGGACCUGGCCGAGGCAGCAGAAACGCGGCAACUCGAGACAGCGCAAAGCUUCGCGGGCAUUGGAGGUGCAGACGAUGCAGCCAACAAUGGCUUAUUUGGUCUCUUCAUGAAUCAGGAAGAGACAAUGGGUGUCAAACUGGCGCAAAAGAUGGGCUGGAGACGUGAUCAGGGUGUAGGCCGAAAGAUCAGUCGUGCUGCUCGCAUCGAGGACAGCAGCGCUGCAAGCAAAGAUGCAGCCAGCUACACGUUCGCCCCGGAUGACACUAGAGCCAUGCCGAUUCCUCGAGAAGAGGUGCGUCGCAAAGGUCUGGGCUACCAGUCAGAAGCGCGGCUGGGUGUUGUGGAAGAGAAGCCGGCAGAUCAAGGGAUGGACUUACGCUUCACCGAAAGUCUGAGGAAGCCUCUCAUCGCCAAGAGACCACCAGCCAAAAAGUCGUCCUUCGGUGUGGGCGUACUGAAUGACACUGGCUCAGACGAUGAAGACCCGUAUGAGCUUGGUCCCAAGAUAUCCUUCAACAAGACGAUCGGCAAGGAUAAGAAAGCAAAGAAGCCGAGCAAGUUUGUAAAGGCUGGCGUUAGUGAAGGUCCUGUGUUUGUCUCGAAGAAGGCAUCUUCGAAGGCAUUAAGCUUAUUGAACCGAGCAUCUAUGGAUGGGAGACCGCCUCUCGUAGGAUUCGUUCUGGCCGCUGAUAUCGCCGAGCUGGGAAGCAAACCCGGGUACCCUCCGCCUAAAAUCCCUCCGGGUUGGAAGUCUUCAAAGUCAGCUGCUUCAAAUGCAAACACGGAAGAUUAUCGAUCUGUCGCAGAUGCCGCAAAAGCGUCCACGUUGGACGCGAAAGGUCGAUCUGCGCUAUUGGGCGAGAAACAAUUGCCUGGGAAAUCUAUAUUCGAUUUCAUCUCGAGAGGUGCGCGCGACCGUCUCGCGAAUCUGUCUGGCAGGGCCGAUCUACCCCAGGGUCGAGGAGAGUCCGGACCCGAAGGACAUCUGCCUGCAGCCAAGGCACAGUCGAAAGACCUUUGGAGUCUUGUGCCUACCUUGGACAAGAGCACGGCGGCAGCGGCGCUGGCAAAAGGUGCUACAGGGUGGAUGCCAUAUGCCGAGGAUUUGCAGAAGCGCGCGAGAUACGUUGGUUUCCUCGAGUUACGGGCAGGACUGAGAGAAGACUUGCCCGAGCGGAGUGGCAGGGUCUCGACGUCAGACUGGGUCAAGGAACUACAAGAGUUCGCCCACGCCGCGCAAGUCUUCAAACCUACGACUGGCAUCAUGGCAUCGCGUUUCACUUCAUCAUCCUCAUCAACCUUAGGUGGAAACACAGCUGCCAGCACGGACGAAAACCUCAUACGACAGGCAGCGAAGAUACCCGAGGACCCCGCGGAACAGGCAGCGAAGAUGGGCAUGUACGGUGCCAUGACCCGGACCAGCUUCCCCUUCCACCCAUCCCGAUUGCUAUGUAAGCGCUUCAACGUGAGGUCUCCUCCAGACAUGCCUCACGGUACCGAGGCUGAGGGCGACAAUGGGUUCAAAGCGAAGACGGAAGAGGCGGUAUCCAAGUCAGCCAUGGACAAGAUGCUACAUGAAGUCUUGACCAACGGGCCGGCUCUGCAACGACCAGCAUGGAUGGGUCCAGCGCCUCUGGACACCGCACCGGCUACCGCUGCACUGCAAGCUCAUGGUCAUGCAACGGUAGACGUUGAGAAGAAUGAGGCUCUUGCGAAUGCCCGGGCGCCCGAAGAUGUGUUUAAAUCCAUCUUCGGAGACGACGACGACGAUGAUGAUUGACGAGGUAUCGCUCACGGGGACGGAUCGUUCGAAUAGCAGAAUAGCACAUGUUCGAUAUUUCUUAAUACUUUUUCUCCGACGACUCGGUCCACGCACAACAUAAUCGCAUGACCAGCACAUGGAGGAGGCAAGUCUUCAUUCUCUGAUUUGCUCGACGAGGCUUAAGCCUUCUUUAUUCAUUCAUCUCAUCAUCAUACCUUGAUCAGAAACCGCAUACUUGACAUGUCCAAGUCGGUCUCGAAUCGAUAAUCAGACCUCUCAUCACCGAGCACUUUACUGACUAACUUGGUCACUUCCGCGUUUGGAAGCGUCACCUGGUUCGAUGUCGUGCGAAACACCCUGGGGCGCUGAGUGCUCCUCUUGACAUCCCUCCUUGUCCAUCCACAUCACGAGUGUCACAACCGUCAGAGGUACUGUGACCACCCAGUA